AACUAAUAUUCCAAUAAAAGAACAAUAAAUCUUUCAAACUAAUGGCACCAAAUGAAAGUAAACAAUUUUUACAAAAAGAUUGUGUGAAUACAAGGAUUGUUGACAAUAAUUCAUCGUGGAUUUUAUAUUUGAGUGCAUUUUCAGCUGAUUUAUUGUGGGUGUUCAUGGGUUCCAUUAUGGUUUGGCCUUCUUCAGUACUUCCGAAGUUAAUGUCAAACAAUACGGAUGUAAAUCCAUUGGGAAGACCAAUAACAACUUUAGAAGCUUCUUGUAUAGUUUCGUCAACACCGUUUUCGGUUAUAUUUGGUUUAUUAAUAGCAUCAAUACCAGCAGAUAUUAUAGGAAGGAAAAAAACGUUAUUGUCUUAUACAACCAUAUUAUUUUGUUCUAUAACUACAAUAGCUUUUGCAAGGAAUACUUAUAUUUAUUACUUUUGUUUUUGUUGUGUCGGUAUUACUUUCGCGGGUAUUUUUAUAAAUGUCGUUAUUUAUAAUACUGAAAUAGCAGAUGAUAAAAACAGAGCUUGGUUAAGUUGCUGCGUGAGUUUAGGACUACCGGUUGGGCAACUAUAUAGUUUUGUUUUAGGAGCUUCUAUACAAAGCGUCAAAAUAUUUUUUCUUCUUACUACUAUUCCCGGAAUAAUACAUUUUUUAUUGUAUAAUUUCACCGUCGAAUCCCCGAUUUAUUUCAUUAUUAAAAACGAUAAAACUCUAGCUAUUGAAAGUUUGAAAAAAUUGAGAAAUUUCGACGAUUUUAUAGACACAGAAUAUAAAUCGAUGGAGGAAUUUUUUACUACACACGGUAAUAAAAAAGCGAAAUUUCUAAAUUUAUUGAAAACUAAUAAAUCAAGAAAAGCAUUUUUUUUGAGUUUAUUACUCAUUUAUACACAACAAAUGUCUGGUAUUAACGUACUUUUUGCGUAUUUAGGUUUAAUUUUCAAUGAAGCCGGAGCAACCCUUUCAGGAAACGAAGUAGGUAUCAUAGCCGGUUCUGUUAACCUUACAACUGUUUUAAUUUUAAUUUUUAUAAUAAAUAAAUUCGGAAGAAGACCAUUGAUGCUUAUAUCUUCAUUUUCUUGUUCUAUAUCUUUAUUAAGUAUCGCUUUUUACUUUUUUCUCAAAGAAAAACACUCGACUUUUAUUGAUUCAAUUCGUUGGUUACCAGUUCUUUCUAUUAUCCUCUUUAUUCUAUCAUACGGUUUAGGAUUAGGAAGCAUUCCUAUGGGAUACAUAGGAGAAUUGUUUUCCAAUGAAUUAAGAGCAACAGGUGUAUCCGCAGCUUUCAUGUUAGCUGCUGUAGUUUCUUCAGUUUUUGAUUUCGGAUUUCCUUUAUUAUCAGAAUCUCUUGGUAUAUACUUUUGUUUGUUCAUGUUUAGUUCGGCUACUUUUAUCGGUUUUGUUUUACUGUAUAUUUGUUUACCAGAAACCAGAGGUAAGAGUUUUAACGAAAUCCAAAAUAUGCUAGAUACGAAAAAAACUAUGAUCGUUUGAUCGAUUUUUCAUUAUAUGUUUCUAAAAAUAAAUGGAAUGUAGUCAAUAAAAUGUCUCCUCUAACA